CGGCCGCGGGGUCUCUUUCCUGCCGCGGGCGGUACAGCUGCUGGGCCUCUAGACCGCGGGAUCGGCCACUCUCACGGCGGCCCGUAGCCCUUCACCAGCACCCUCCCUCCGGCUGCCCAACCACCCGACCCCUCCCGGCUCCCCCUCCGGUGAACCUGGUGCCCAUGGCGGCCCCCGGUGGCGCCCGGCGGCAGCCGCUGCUCCUGCUGUUACUCGAGUUAGCAGGUCUCAUGCAUGGUGCAUCAGCAGUGUUUGUGGUGCAAGAUGGCAACAAAACAGCUUGUAUAAUGGCCAACUUCUCUGCUGACUUCUUGACCAACUAUAUUACCAAGACUGGCCCUAAGAAUGUGACCUUCAGCCUGCCACCUAAUGCAAAAGUAUUAAAUACCAGCUCCUGUGGUAAAGAGAAUGCUUCUAACCCCAGUCUCGUGAUUGCUUUUGGAGGAGGACAUACACUGAACCUCACUUUUGCAAGAAAUGCAACUCGUUACAGUGUUCAGUUGAUGAGUUUUGUUUAUGACUUGUCAGACACACAGAUUUUCCCCAGUGCAAUUUCCAAUGAAACCAAGUCUGAUGAAUCGAUAACUGACAUCAUGGCAGACAUAAAUAAAAAAUACAGAUGUGUGAGCAGCAACCAGAUCCACAUGAAGAAUGUAACUGUCACUUUCCAUAAUGCCACCAUCCAGGCAUACCUUUCAAAUGAUAGCUUCAGCAAGGAAGAGACACGCUGUAUGCAAGAUGGACCUUCUCCAACAGUGUCACCAACAACUCCCCACCAUUCAACAUCCCCUCCCCACCCUUCACCUCCUCACCCUUCUCCUCCCCACCCUUCGCCUCCCCACCCUUCACCAUCCCCAGUGCCUGAGAUCCCCUCGUCAUAUACGUACACUGUGAGUGGCACCAACGGAACCUGUCUGCUGGCCAGGAUGGGGCUGCAGCUGAAUGUCACCUACAAGAAGAAGGAUAACACGACUAUGACCAGAGUGUUCAAUAUCAACCCAAAUAAGACCCACGUCAAUGGGCACUGCGCUCCUCAGCAGGUGACCCUGGAUCUCCAGAGUGAGAGCAGCACUUCCCUGUUCUUCCUGUUUGGAAUGAAUGCAAGUUCUAGCCAUUUUUUCCUGCAAGAAAUCCAGUUGAACAUGACUCUUCCUGACGCCAAAGACCCCACCUUCAAGGCCACCAACAACUCACUGAGAGCACUUCAGGCCACUAUGGGGAAUUCCUACAAGUGUAACGCCGAGGAGCAAAUUUGGGUCACAGAGGCCUUUUCUGUCAACAUUUUCCAAGUACAAAUCCAGGCUUUCCAGGUAGAAGGUGACAAGUUUGGGUCUGUGGAAGAAUGUCAGCUGGAUGAGAAUAACAUGCUAAUCCCCAUCGCCGUCGGUGGUGCCCUGGCAGGGCUGGUCCUUAUCGUCCUCAUCGCCUACCUCAUCGGCAGGAAGAGGAGCCAUGCCGGCUACCAGACGAUUUAGCACGGCCGCAGACCAGCAGAAGCUACGGGGCCUGUGUUCAUUUCCCUGAGCUUAGGUUGAUGUUGAGGGAGGCAUACUUUAUUGCAAACUGAUUUUCAGAUCUGCUUUAUCCAAUGUGAAGUUCAUCUGCAACAUUUACUAUGCACAAAAGAGUAACUAUUGCAAUGAUGGUGUUAAUUUUGCUAACGGGGUUAAAUAUUUUGCUAACUGGUUAAACGUUAAUAUUUACCAAAGUAGAACUUAAGGAGGGGAGGGUAAAGUGCUUUUCUAAUUGGGCACUAGCUCCACUAUCAUUUGACUUUUUAUGGUUCUGGUGUUUGGUCUCUCUUCAUUCUUGACUCAGAUAUAAUAAGCCUUACAAAGGGAGGUUCUCUGGUCUUAACACUUAAAACUGAAGAAAGCUGGCUAACUGUUAGACUGACACAGUUACUAAAUUAGCAGAGAAAGAAAAUUUUAAAACAGAAGUACUUCAAAAGGUGAAACUCUGGAAUGCUUAAGUUAAGCUUUAGAAGCCAAGACAGGCCUGGCCCCAACGGGCUGCCCAGCUCAACACUCGAGUGAGCAUUAAAGCGAUUGGUCUUUCCGUGCUCUGCCACUCAAGAGCUGGCACCUUUUUAAAUAGAAAAAAAAAAAAAUGGGUGUUAUUUUUAUUUACUUUUUUUUGUAAAGUGAUUUUCAAUCUUCUGUUUGAGGUUCAGGGUGAUCCUGUGUCUGCACUUGUGUACAAUAAUCAGUUUCACUCUCUGAUUUAUCUGCUUGCAGCUCAGGCGGGCUGUGCACUGAGGAUCCCUUCAUGUAACGCAUUGCCGUAACAAUGUUAAUAAAACGUCUCUUUCUUUC